AUGGCGCGGAAGCCGAACAUCCUGGUGACCGGCACCCCCGGGGUCGGCAAAAGCAGCCUCAGCGCGCAGCUCGCGCAAGAGCUGGGCCUGGAGCACUUGAACGUGGGGGAGUUGAUAAAGUCGGAGUGUCUGUACACCGCGUGGGACUCGGAACUGGACUGCAGCGUCUUCGACGAAGAGCUGCUGGGCCAGCGGCUGUUUGAGCUUUUGGGGGCCCCGGGGGCCCCCGGGGGCCUCGUGGUGGACUUCCACAGCUGCUGCUGCAUGCAGAAAAGUUGGUUUUCUCUCGUUUUUGUCCUGAGAGCCAACACAGAAGUCCUUUAUGACCGCCUCCAGGCCCGCCUUUACCCCCAGGCCAAAAUCCAACAAAACUUGCAAGCCGAAAUUUUCCAAGUCCUUUUCGACGAGGCCACGGAGGCCUUCGGGGCCCCCAAAGUCCGCCAACUCCCCAGCAACGACAUGCAAGACUUCGCCCAAAACCUCAACACCAUCAAACGCGCCUACCACCAGCUCCUCCAAACCCAAGACUCCCCCAAAUAG